AGAGGUAGUUGUUGUUUACAGAUUAAACUACCCUGGAAGAGAGACAGUGCUGUUGACAGCAGAGGAGUCUGCCUUACAACACAGUAACACAUGAUGUUACCCCCCCACAGCGGGAGGGGGGGGUCGCUCUCCAGCUCGGUUUGUGAUCCGCCAACACGCAGCGAAGAAGAAGCAGGCAGUACUAAUCAGACAGCGAAAACAUCGAUCCGCUGCUCCACAACACACCGGAGAAACUGAGGAGGGGCUCCCCGGUACCGGAAAGGGAGAACCGGCUGAGUACCGGAGGAGGAGAGGAAGUGGCUGAUUAUCGGCGGCAGGAAGCUUGGUUUAACGGUAGUUUAGUGACGUCACCAGUUUUUUAAAGGAACAUUGGAUUGGAUCACUGUGAUCCAAAUACCAAAUUUCAAGAUUACCAAAUCCUGUUUACCAGAGCCUUCAAAGGAACCAACAGUGUAGCCUACUGGCUGAGCAAAGAACAACAGCAGAACUACAACCAGAGAAGAAGAAGGGUGCUCUCAGGCUGGACAUGCUGCAGCUCCCCCUGCUGGUGACGGCACAGGUGGACGUGGUCCUGCUGUCCGUCACCCUGCUCUCCAUGUGGAGCCGCCUGAGCCACCUGAGCUACCCCAACGCUGUGGUGUUCGAUGAGGUAUAUUACGGGCAGUUUGUGUCUCUCUACAUGAAGAGGGUGUUCUUCGUCGAUGACAGCGGGCCGCCACUCGGUCACAUGAUCCUCGCCCUCGGAGCGUACCUCGGAGGCUUCGAUGGAAACUUUGUGUGGAACAGAAUCGGAGCAGAGUACCACAGCAGUGUGUGUGUGUGUUUCCUGCGGCUGUGUCCGGCUGUGUGUGGGGCUCUCUGUGUUCCUCUGGUCUACCUGCUCACUCUGGAGCUCCACUUUUCUCACCUGUCAGCUCUAGGAGCUGCACUGCUGCUGCUGCUAGAGAACUCUCUGAUCGUGCAGUCCCGCUUCAUGCUGCUGGAGUCUGUCCUUAUCUUCUUCGUCCUGCUGGCCUUCUUCUCCUACCUGAGGUUCCACAACAACACCCACAGCUGGUUCAGGUUCUGCUGGCUCCUCCUCUCCGGAGCUUCCUGUGCUGCAGCCGUGGGGGUGAAGUAUAUGGGGGUGUUCUCCUACCUGCUGCUGCUGGGCGUGGCCUUGCUACACACCUGGGACCUGAUUGGAGAUCGGACCAUCAGUCAUCUUAGUGUGUGUGUGCAGUGUGUGUGUCGUGCUGUGUGUCUGGUGGUGGUUCCUGUUCUUCUCUAUGUGUUCUGGUUCUACAUCCACCUGACGCUCCUGCACCGCAGCGGACCACAUGACCAACUGAUGAGCUCUGCCUUCCAGGCCAGUCUGGAGGGCGGUCUCUCUAGGAUCACAAAGGGUCAGCCUCUCGAAGUGGCUUAUGGUAGUCAGGUGACUUUAAGAAGCUCCGCCUCCCAGCAAAUCCCCUGCUGGCUCCACUCACAUAAAGCCAACUACCCAAUCAGGUAUGAGAGUGGGCGGGGCAGCUCUCACCAGCAGCAGGUCACAUGUUACCCUUUCAAAGACGUCAACAACUGGUGGAUCAUCAAGGAGCCUGGCAGACAGCAGCUGGUGGUCAGUAGUCCUCCUCGCCCUAUCCGUCACGGUGAUGUCAUCCAGCUGGUUCAUGGGAUGACGUCACGCUUCCUCAACAGUCAUGAUGUUGCAGCUCCCAUGAGCCCUCACUCUCAGGAGGUGUCGGGGUACAUCGACUUCAAUGUGUCCAUGCCGGCACAGAACCUGUGGAGAGUGGAAGUCUCUAACAGGGAGGCGGAGUCAGAGUCCUGGAAGACGAUCCUGUCUGAGGUCCGAUUGGUCCACGUCAACACCUCAGCUGUCCUCAAGCUGAGUGGUGCUUCUCUUCCAGAUUGGGGUUUCCGUCAGCUGGAGGUUGUGGCAGAGAAACUGUUCAAAGCGCACAGCAGCAGCCUGGGCUGGACAGUCGAGGAGCAUCGCUAUGGAACCAGUCAGGAGCAGAAGGAGCGGGAGGCGGAGCUUCACUCUCCCACGCACAUCGACGUGGACAGGAAGAUUUCCUUCUGGGCGAAGUUUCUGGAGCUUCAGUGGAAGAUGCUGAUGGUGAAACAGGAAGACUCGGAGCACAAAUACAGCUCCGCCCCCCUCGAGUGGAUCACCAUGGAAACCAACAUCGCAUACUGGCUGCACCCCUCCACCAAUGCUCAGAUUCACCUGAUUGGUAACCCGGUGUCAUGGAGCGUGGCCAGCCUCACCCUGCUGGCCUAUCAGCUGCUGGCAGCCGUCUACCUGCUGAGGAGGAGGCGGGGCUUCAAAGAUCUGACUGACUCUGUGUGGGCUCGGUUUGUGUGUCUGGGCUGUGUGUGUGUCGGAGGUUUUCUGGUGAACUUCAUCCCCUUCCUGCUGAUGGAGAAGACUCUCUUCCUGUAUCACUUCCUGCCCGCCCUCUGCUACCUGCUGCUGCUCUGCCCCCCCCUGCUGGAGCACACACAUACAUACCUGCUCAGGAGUGGGACACACAGGCGGGCUCUGUGUGUGUGUGUCUCGGCCGUGCUGCUCUCGGUCUUCCUGGCGUUCCGGACCUUCUGCCCUUUGACCUACGGCAGCCCCGAGCUCUCGGCCAAUCAGCUGCAGGCUCUCAGGUGGAGGGGCUCAUGGGACAUCCUGUACCGCCGCCGCUAGCCGGGCCCUGAACGCCUCCUCAAGGCACGAUGGAGCACUUCAUCUCUUGAGGUCCUUAUGGAGGCAUAGCUUUAGUCCUCCUGAGGGGGGUGCAGACGUUUGAUAUGAAAUGUGUUCCUGCAAACAGAGAAUGAGAAUAAAGAGCUUUAAAAGACCCGCUGCUGGAGGGAUGGGGGGGGGGCUUGUUAUCAACUCAGUAACUCAGGGUCUAAAGUAAAAGCCUAAAUCAGAAACAUUUGUCUUUAAAUGCGCAGUAAUACUUGAUCCACUCGGAGGAGCUCUGGUGCUAAAGAUCUUUAUUUGAUUUUACCGGUUUAAGAAUAUUGAUCCACAAAAAACAUUUCAGAUAAAUGUAUAAUCUGAUUCACACGUUCACUGUUUUCUACACUAAACUCAGGUACUGUAUAUGUUCUUAAUUAAAAAAAACAAAGAAAAAG